AGUGUACACCCAUAGGAGCGCCUGAAACAGGUGAAGCUUAUCGCCUCCCACAUUAGUCACGCAGGCAGUUGGUUGCUGGAAAAAAAAACUCUGGAGACUCAGUAGAAGAGUGUGACUGAUUUCACAUGCGUGUGUUAAACCACAGGGAAUCUGAUUAAAAGCAAAGGACCUGUUUACACCCAAUUAAGAAGCGAUUCACAGCUCCACAUCCUUGGUGAGAAGAGAGGACUUGUUUUGUAAGCCAUGGCCAGCAUGGGGCUGCAGCUGCUGGGCUUCUUCCUGGGUCUCCUGAGCUUGCUGGGGACAGUGAUCGCCACACUGAUACCCCAGUGGCGCCGCACGGCAUACGUGGGCUCCAACAUCAUCACUGCCACAGCGUACAUGAAGGGCCUGUGGAUGGACUGUGUGUGGCACAGCACAGGCAUUUAUCAGUGUAAAAUGCACCGCUCGAUGCUGGCCCUACCUCCGGACGUGCAAGCUGCCCGUGCCCUCAUGGUCCUCUCCUGUGUCGGCUCUGUCCUGGCUAUUGCACUGUCCACUGUGGGCAUGAAGUGCACUUAUUGCGCUCAGGGAGGGACCACCAAAAACUGCCUGGCCAGGAGUGGAGGAGUCUGCUUCUUUUUUGCAGGACUGUCCUGUCUUGUCACUGUGUCCUGGACCACAAAUGACACCAUCCGAGACUUCUACAACCCCUUCUACAGCCAUGGUAUGAAAUAUGAGAUAGGGUGGUCUGUCUAUAUCGGGUUUGUCUCAGGCUCCCUCAGUGUGAUUGGUGGAGUGAUCUUGUGCUCAACCUGCGGAGAGUCCCACCUGGCCAGCCGUGCCACCAGGCAGCCUCAGCCAGCCCCAACAUACCAGCCCCAUGCUGCCCACCAGAGCAAUCACACGCCCUCUCCAACCUCUGCGUCCAGCAGUGGCUACAGACUCAGUGAUUUUGUUUGAACGGUGGUUGUGUUAAAGCAAACAAGGCCAUAUUAUGAGAAGUACGAAGAAGGUUUUCAGAGUAUUUUUCAGUUCACAACCCUCAAAGUACUUUAGAGUGAAUUGUGUGUUUUUGUUUUGUUUUGUUUGUUUGUUUGUUUGUUUGUUUUUUGUUUAAAUCUCACACCUUAAACAUUUCACACACUGACCUGUAGUUCAUUUUAAUGACAUAGAUAGAACCAUAGUUUCCAGCUACUCAAGUGAACUUUAAGAUGUUCUUCUUUGCCUGUUGAUAAACUCUAGACCAAGAGCUAAGUUUGAGUGAACAGAUGCCACAUACAUGUCUUUGUGGAGAGUAGGCUAUUGAAAGUCUAAAGUACACUAUCAAAAGUAACAUUUGAAUGUAUAAAGUCUGGACUAGACUAAAAUAUCAAUCUACAGCUGUAUAUCUAAUUGCAUUAUGCAGUAUGUUAUUUGCUUUGAUGUUGCAACAAAUUGGACACAUACACACAUGGACUUGUAUUGUUUGCUAGUAUCUUUGGUGUCAAGAGUGUAAUGUUCUUUUGUGAAAAUCAAUGUUUUCAUCUCUGACCUCAGAACUGACUACAUUUCUGCUACAUGUUGUAUGUCGGUAGCUCUUUGAUAUUUUGGGGGACAUCCAAAGGGGAAAUAAUUUUGUUAGAUUUCAGAAUACUCAACAAUCUGUCUAUUGUAUUAUAGAAAUCAGUAGACAUUAUAAUGUCACCCAUUUUCAUAACCCAGAGACUAGAUCAUCUUUUCUGAUCAUGUUUUCUAAACAUUAACUGAGACCAUUUUAAAUAUUAA